AUGGCCUCGGAUAGGUCACCGCCCCAGAAGUCGCAGCAACACCACGUGAGGCCCAAUUCUUCCUCUUCCGCUGCAGCAACUGCCGCGGGUCAACGUCGCAUGCCCACCCCUGGCCAGUCAUCCCGAACGGGUUCUGCCGACUCUCCCACCCCCCAAGGGCUCGCCACCCUCAACGAACGGCAGUCCCAACCCAUGACUGCCAGUACUUCAACUUCAGAAGUUGCGGGUACGGAGCCGCCUAGUACCUCCGCCACUCCUGCGCCCUAUGGGACGCGCUCCAGAGGUCGUAAUGCGGCUCCUCGCCCCAACUACGCGGAGGACCGUGACAUCGACAUGGACUUGGAAAUCGCUCAACCCGCAACCAAAGCUGCGAAGCGAACUAACGGUGUGCCUAAUCAAUCCACCAAUGGCACUAAAACGGAUGGCGAAAAAUCAGCGCCAUCUUCGAAUUCUCGAAAAAGUCAAACGGCGGUGAAUGGAACCACUAGUCCCGCUUCUGCUGCCAAAGAUUCAAUUCCUGGUACCUCGUCCUUCUCUGCAAAACUGGAGGAAGCCAAUGGUGCUUCAAAUUCAAGAAAACGAAAGCAACCGGCCAGCGCUACGACUUCCAGUUCUGCAAAUGGGAGCGCAUCUAAGAAGAUCUUUACCACGCGCCCGGCGCCAGUCAAGGGCAGAAUGACUCAAACUCGAACAUGGUCUCUUUCGAGAAUCGAGGCGCUCAUCUAG